AUGGAGCCUAUUGACAUUGUGGAGUCAAAUGAGGAGACGAUAGAGCCCCCAACAGAUGACACCGAGACCGAAGCAGAUGUCCCCGGGCUAUCUGUGUCACUACAUGACGAGGAGGCAGAUACUAGCCUGGACAGCGAUGUCUCAUGUGCUCAGGAGAGUGAACCCACUCGAGCCAGCGGGAGGCUUGAGAUACCUGGGGCCAAGUCAAGAAAAAGAAAAGCAAAGGCCAGGGGACGGGAUGACGACUUCGCCAAAUAUAUGGCAGAAAGCAACAAGGCGCCCAAACGCACGCUCAACUGUCAUGCGAGACUGACUCAGUUUGAAGUUGAAGUUGAUGUGGUCAGCUGUAACCCCUGCUCCCUCUGGAUACGGUUUCAUGAGCCAUGGGAGGAGAGGAUAUGCGGAGUCCCCCAGCAGAACCAGAGGCACAUCUACGCCUUCAAAUGCUUCCGUCCAGUCCGGGAAUAA